AUGGCAGGAGGCAAAGGCAAGCGUGCUGCUGCUGCUGGCAGCAGCAGCAGCAGCAGCAGCAGCGCGAAUCCAUUUGAUGUUAUGAGCAAUAAACAACCAAAGAGGAAGAUUUUAGGUCUUAAAGUAAAAGGAGCAGAGAGGGACCUCACUAAGACUGUUACAUUCGUGGAUCCAAACAAGAGCAGCAGCAGCAGCAGCAGCAGCAGCGGCAUUCGCGAUGAGCGUCUGUACCGUGGUGACGGCAGCAGCAGCAGCAGCAGGUCAGCAGGAGUAGCAGCAGCAGCAGCAGCAACAGCAAAGCGUACACAGGGAAGCAAUCGUGCAGCAGCAAUAGCAGCAGCAGAUGCAGAGGAGUUAAUGUUUGCUCGUUUAGUGUUGCUUCGUCAGCAGCAGCAGCGUCUGCUGCGGCAGCAGCAGCAGCAGCAGCAGAAGCAGCGCAAAAGGAAGAAAAAAUCUUUUGUCUUAGAAGACGAAGAAGGAGAAGAAAAUAUAUAUGAUGAUGAAUUAGGGGAUGGAGCUGAGGAUACACCUGAAUCUGCUGCUGCUGCUGCAGCAGCAGCAGAAGGAGGUACAGCAGCAGCAGCAAGAGAUUUAGAUCUGCUGCUGCAUAAAGGGAAACCAAUUGCAGAGAUGGGGGACGAAGAACUUCGUGCUUCUGCUGCUGCUCUUGUUAUGCAGAAACAGGCAGCAGAAGAAGAUACAGGAGAACAACAAAUGUUGGAGGGGGAUUUAUUUUUUUCUGGUGGUUCUUCUGACGCCCCUAAAAGUCGUAGAGAAAUUCUUAAAGAAAUUAUUUCUAAGAGUAAAGAGGCUAAGGCACAGCACGCACGAGAAGCAGAAGAGCAGCAGCAGCUGCUGCAGCAACUCGAGCUGCAGUUUGCUGCAGUAAGAGAAGUCUUACCUUACGCUAAAACCAAGGACAAAGGACCGAGUCUUGAGGACCUGCUGAAAAAGUACUCAAAGGAGGGGGGGAGUAAGGAGGACGAGUCAAGCAAGGAGCAGCAGCAGCAGCAGCAGCAGCAGCAGCAGCAGCAGGAAGAGAAGCCGUCGCUAUUUGGUUUUCUUAAGAAGAGCAGCAGCAGCAGCAGCAGCAGCAGCAGCAAGGCCCCUUUGCUGCUUCUAGACAACGACGACAGCAGCAGCAGCAGCGAUGCAGCAGCAGGAUCUGCUACAAAGCCAGCAUCAUCAUCUAGAGCAGCAGCAGCAAUGGAAGCAGCAGCAGCAGCAGCAGCAGAAUAUGAUAGAGCAGCAGCAAUACUACGAUUUGUUCCUCGUGUUGCAGCAGGAGAGAAAUUAUUAACAGAAGAAGAAUUAAAAGAAAGAGCAAGAAAGAAGUUAAUUAAUCAGCAAAAGAAGCAGCAGAUGCUGCUGCAGCAAGAAGAAAAACAAGAAGAGGAAGAGAUGAUGAAAGACGAAGAAGGGUUUUGGGGUAACACAGAAGAGACUGCUGCUCCUAGCGGCAGCAACAGCAGCAGCAGCAGCAGCAGCGGCAGCGAGAGUGGCAGCGACAGCAGCAGCGGCAGCAGCAGCAGCGGCGAGGAGGAAGAAGAGGAAGAAGAAGAAGAUGAGGAAUUGAAGGAGUUGCUGCAGCACGAAGAGGACUCAGAAGAAGAAACAGAAGAAGCAGCAGCAGCAGCAGCAGUCGAAGCAGCAGCAGCAGCAGCAAAAGGAGAGGAUGAUGAAGAAGAAGGAGAAGAAGAAGGAGAAGAAGAAGAAGGAGAAGAAGAAGAAGGAGAAGAAGAGGGAGAAGAAGACGAGGAAGGAGAAGAAGGAGAAGAAGCAGCAGCAGCAGCAGACAAAGCAGCAGACAAAGCAGCAGCAGCUGCUGCUGCUGCAGGUGGUGCAUCGGGGGCCGACAGCGGUGGCGCUGCAGCUGCUGCUCGUUCAUCAUCAGCAGCAGCAGCAGCUGCUGCUGCUGCUGCUGUUGCUGCAGAGCUUGACAGUGACGAGGAGGAACUAUCGCUGCAGCAGCAGCAGCAGCGGCUGCUGCUGCUGAAUGAGCAGCACGAGCUGCUGCUGCCUUAUAAACCCUCCUUCCCUAAGAAAGCUGAGGAUACACCCCAAUUAUUUAAUGAGUGGCAACCCUCAUCACAAGCUAAACUCCUACACCGUGCCGCAGCAAUAUCCGUAACGGAACAGCCACCGAUGCUGCAGCUGCUGCAGCACUCAGCAGCAGCAGCAGCAGCAGAACGUUUCUUUAAGCCUUUGCUGCUGCAUAUGGCUGGGCGUAUUGCACCAGGAGAUGAGGAGCUGCAGCAGCAGCUGCGCAUCUAUCUAGAUGCUGCUGCUGCUGCUGCUGCACCUGCUGCAGCAGUAAAACCAGUACCUGAGGAUGCUGAUACUGACACGCUGUUGCAGCUGCUGCUGCAGCAGGUACCGCAGCAACUGCAGCAGGAGUUAGCAGCAAAACAAACAGACUUGAGGUGUAUCCUCACCUCAACAGAUCUUGCUGUGCUGCAGUUGCUGUUUUGCUGCUCGUCGCUGCAGCAGCAGAGGCAGCAAAGCUUGCUGCAGUUAGCAUUCCUUAUACUGGAUACAGCAGCAGGAGCAGCAGCAGCAGUGCAGCAUGCAGAUGUGCAGCCUGUUUGCCCUCCCCGCGUACGUCAUCUGCUGCGGCGUAUAGAGAAGGUGCAGCAGCAGCAUAAACUGCAGCCGCAACAGCAGCAGAUGCUGCAGCAGAAGCAGCAGCAGCUGCAACAGAAGCUCACUCUUCCUCCGCUGCCCCUGACCCGUGCUGGCGUUGCAGCAGCAGCAGCAGCAGCAGAAGCAACACACGGUCAGAUGCUGCAGCAGGAAGCGCAACCAAUUAGUGGCAAAAGAGAAACAUACGCUGCUAUGCCUCCUCCGCUUGCUGCUGCUGCUGCACCGCUUGCUGCGCAGCUGCUGCUGCUGCUGCGACGUGCAGCUGCUGCAGCAACACCGCAGGACGGCUGUUACUUCCCCACCUCCUUCGCAUUAGCAGCAGCGCUGCUACACACAGCAGCGCGCCAGCUGCUGCUGGUAGGCAAGCAGCAGCAAGAGCAGCAGCAAGAGCAGCAGCAGCAGCAGCACGAGCAGCACUCCGCAGCAGAAAUGCUGCAGCCAGAGCUUGAAGAGCCCGUAUUGCGCAUCCUGGAGCAGCAACAGCUGCAGCAGCAGCAACAGCAGCAGCAGAAGCAGCAGCAGCAGCUGACGGCGAAGUGGCAGGGUUGGGCAAACUUUGGCUUCUCUGUGGCAGCGACGACCUUCGCCAUGUUCCAAAAUCUCGCUGCUGCUGUUGCACCAGCAGCAGCAAGAGCAGCAGCAGCAGCACCGGCAGCAGCACCACCUGCUGAAGGUGAGGCAGAUGAAGAUGAGGAAGAAGAAAUGACAACUGCAGCAGCAGCAGCUGCUGCACCAGAAGCAGCAGCAGCAGCUGCUGCUGCUGCAGCAACGAUAGGACUACAGCUACUGACACCGCGGUACUAUGAUAUAAAAACCCUCGGGGGUUUGCGCACCAACAGCAGCAAUUUGCUGCAGCGGGAGUUGCUGCAGCAGCAUAAGGAGAGGAGGGAAUAUAAACAGCAGCGUCGUAAUGCAGCAGCAGCAGAGGAGGUAUGGAUACUUCCUUACAACGUUAUAGACCAUCAAAAGACAAGAAGAAAAGAAGAUUAG